AUGAAUUAAAUAGAAGAACUAAGAGAAUAUCCAUUUCUAUUGAAGGGAAUAUUAAGAAAAGAUAAUCUAUGGUUUGAAGUAGAAAGUCUUUAAGAAAGAUUAACGAGGAAACUUGUAAAAGUAGAUUAAUUAUACAAAAUAAUGUUUCAUAUUACUAUUUGUAAAAAAAAUAUCAUUUUAUUUUUAGUGGUGUUUGAAUGUUAGAAAAGAAGUUAGUAUUUUCUUAAAUCUUUGAGAAUUGAUCAAAUUUAUUUGAAUAAAGAUGAAAAAUAUUCUAAUGUUUUUCUUUUUGAAGAAGAUCAAUUAAGUUCUACUUAAGAACAAUAAACACCUUAAAAAUUACUCUACAAUUUAUGUAUAAUUCUUUAAAAACUAUUAUUUAGUUAAAAAUCUAGGUUUUGCUUUACCAUAUGACUUUUUUUAGAUUAAUGAUCACUCUUAAGAAAAAUUGCUAAAUGAAAUACUUGCAAAUAUUUUUGAAGAAAAAAUAUAAGAUAAAUAAUACAUUUUUUAUUAGGGAUAUAUUUUAAGAGAGCUUUAUAAUUUUGAAAUCCUUAGUUGUCUAUUAUCUUCAUAAGUUAAACGGGUUUAUCUUAUUAAAAAACCUUUCUAUGUUAAUUCAUCAGCGGAUUCAAUUGUUUUAAAAUGGGUUAAGUUUAGAACUGAGGAAGAACGUGCUGAUUUAUAGCACGAAAUUAAAUAAUUAAAGUUACUUAGUAAUUGUGAUAGAAUUGCAAAAUGGUAUUGUUAUGACAGUUUCGCAGAUCAAAAACUUAUCUUUAGAAAAUAUUAUGAUUAUACUCUAGAGUAAAUUAAUAAUGACAUAGGCUAGAAGGAUGUAAAUUGGGGAGAUUUGAUGCAUUUAAUAAAAGAAAUGAUAUAGGCAUUAAAGGAACUACACUCCAGAAAUAUUUAUCAUAGAGACUUAAAACCAUAAUAUAUUAUGUUUGAAUCUUUAAGUGGAGAUCGAAAAAUUUAAUAAAUGAGAUGCGUGCUAAACAAUUUCAAAAGUAAGAAUGCCUACUUAUUUAGAAAGUAGUUAGAUAUAAGAAGAUACUCUUGAGUAUUAACCGCCAGAAGGAACUUAAGAAAGAUAUGAACCUGCCUAUAAUAUAUGGCAAUUAGGUUAUAUAAUAUAAAGUAUGUUAUUAAGAAGGAAUAACAGAAAAUUGUCUUUGUUAAGAUUUAGACCAAUAGAAAUAUAAGAAUAUAAACUUAUAUUUAAGGAUGAUAAAGACUAGGUUAAUAAAAGAAAUCUAUAACUUUCCAGAAUUUUAUUUCAAAUGUUGCGUCAUAAUCCUUUAAGAAGACCUUAAGAAUUAGAAUAAAUUGAAGAGUUCUUUAAAAACUGGAUUGAAAAAAAUAAUGUAGCUUGA